CAAAGACUGACCAUUCAAAAAGAGUGGUAAAUUCACCGUCUGCAUUCAUAUGUGGAGCAUUCAGAUCUCAACCUUCAAACAAUAUUCAACAAACUUUGAAAUCAGAAAUGGGCUGUUUCCCAACACUGACUCUCCUCUUCUUUGGUAAGAUCCCAAAUUUGUAUAAUGGAAAUGUGUGAUUUGAAUUGUAAAGUUGAAAAGAAAGCCAUAAUAAAACACAUUCAAUUGUGAAAACAGUGUGGCAGAAAGAAUUAUAUGUUUAAUUUUAUUAAAACUUUGAAGAGGUGCAAAGAGGUGAAAAGAUAACUUGAUACUGAAACUCAUUUUCCAGGUAUUAAAUAAACCCCUAAAAUGGUUCCUCAAAAUGAAAUAUAUAAUUCUAAAGCUAUACUGUGCAUAACAUGAACUACUCCCAUGCAGACACUUCCCCAACUCUCACUCAUGAAUUUUCAUGAACAAGAACUUCACGUCUCUCUUUUAUGAGCAGCUGCUCAUAAAAGCUCUCCAUUGAAACAGACACUGUUUCAAUGGAGAGCUGCAGAGCACACACAAACACGUGUUGAGUAACAUUACUUUUUGAGGAACUUAUAUUAAAGGUUUACUGCCAGUAAAUGUGAUUAAAGUUAUGGCGCUGCCUACCAAGAAAAGUGGCUUGUUGGAGUGCUUUCAUGCUACUAAAAAACAACAACACACUUUUCAAUUUAGCUUACACAUCAAUUAAGCCAAUAUGGGACAAAAUAUUGUCUCUCUUUCGAGUCCUUGUCACUCUUGCUUCAGCAUUUUGGAUCAGCUGAAACUGAAAUUGUGGUAUUUGGCAGCAACGUUCCUCGUGGCCAACUUCGUGAUGCCUUUGGUUCCCUUACCAGCUCCCUUUCUGACACUGUUAGCAAUCUGGGCGUGUUGCUUGACAGCUCGUUCAAACUCGAUAAACAAGUGUCUGCUGUAGUUAGAUCUAGUUUCUACCAACUCCGUCUCAUCUAUAAGGCUAGGCAGUAUGUUCCGCAUAAGGACCUGGAAAAGCUCAUCCAUGCCUUUGUGACCUCGAGGCUGGAUUACUGCAACUCACUUUAUUUUGGUCUUCAUUCUGCCCUCCUUCAUAGACUGCAGACAGUCCAAAAUGCUGCAGCACGCAUUCUGACCAGAACUAGGAAGUUUGCCCGUAUCACUCCUGUCCUAGCUGAUCUGCAUUGGCUACCCAUAAAAUACCAUAUCCAAUUUAAAAUACUGCUGCUUACGUUUAAAAUUACCAACAACACAGCACCGAGCUACCUUAAGGAACUCCUUAAAUCGUAUGUUCCUGCCAGAGCAUUAAGAUCAUCUACUCAGUUACUCUUGGUGCAGCCUAGAUCUCGGCUGAAGUCUAGAGGUGACCGGGCGUUUUGCCUUGGCUGCACCAGAGUUGUGGAAUAACCUUCCGAUUGCGAUCCGGGCGUCUGAUUCCAUCCAAUCUUUUAAAUCACGGUUAAAAACCUAUUUGUUUAAUCUUGCCUUUCCUGCUUGUUAAUGCUCGCACCUGACUUUUAGACUUACUCUAUUUUUUCUUACACAUAUUUUUAUGGCUUGUGCUUUUAUUAUGUUUUUAUUUUGAUAUGCAUUUUAUAUUACCCCUGUGUAUUAGUGGCAUUGACCUGUGAGUAUAUUUGAUACUUUGCUAAGGCCUUAUAAUACUCGUGUUACUUCUCUGUCUCUUAUGUUAAGCACUUUGGUAUACCGCUGGUUUUUAAAUGUGCUCUAUAAAUAAAGAUUGUUGUUGUUGUUGUCAGCUGAAGGUUAUGAAGAGAUAUUGUGUUUGUUUAAUAUGCAUACAGAAGGACAUAUACUGGUGAAAAAUGAUUUCAAGAAUCCUCACAGUGUUACAGUGUUGGCCAUUGUUAUUUGAACUGGAAUCCAUAAAAGAGACCAAAAUCAAGUCUGCAGAAGCAACUCAGCACUGAGUUGCUAAAUUCUAACAUUGUAUUUAAGCUGUCUGACUAAAAAGGACUUAGUCUCUGCUCCUGCUCAAAGUUCCCUCCUCGUACGUACUACUACGUUGACAAAAAAAUGAGCUGGAACGAUGCUCAACAAUACUGCAGAGAGAGGUACACUGACCUGGCCACCAUUGAAAGCAUGGAUGAUAUAAGCAGGCUACAUUCAACUUUUUCCUACGACUGGGCAUGGAUUGGACUGCAGGAUGAUCCUGAAUCCUGGAAGAAUACCCUAGGCAAUGACACCAACUCCUGGAGAUGGGCAAUAACUGGUGAAACAAGCAAAACUGAUUACCACAACUGGGACUCUACUGAACCAGAUUAUUAUGGUGCAAAAGAAACUUGUGUGAUAAUGGGAUUUGGAGGAAAGUGGUACGAUAAAAAGUGUGGUGAAAACACAAGUUUUGUUUGCUACAAUGUUACAGAGCAAAACAAGAAAAACUACGUGUACAUCUCUACUACAAAAACAUGGCCCUCUGCUCGAGAAUACUGCAUAAAACUAAGCAUGGACUUGGCAGUGAUCGAAAACAGUGAGGAGAAUGCUGAGGUCAGUUCAUUAAAACCAGACAGUACUGACAUUUGGAUCGGUCUGUACAGAGUGCCAUGGACCUGGUCUGACAAGAGUCAGAGCUCCUUUAAAAACUGGCGAAGUUCCAGCCCAAAUAACCCUCCGGGUAAUCAGCAUUGUGUGGUCGAGAAUAACCUCCACGUGUGGGAUGACGACGUAUGUACAAUAAAAUAUGUUUUCAUUUGUCAUCAAGUUGCAAAGUUGAGAACAACAGUGAAGAUGAAGUUUGUGACUGAUGUUAACUUAAGCGACUCUGCAACUAAUGCCCAGAUCCUCCAGCAGCUAAGAGCCAAUCUAACAAGUCAAGGAUGGACUGAUUUCAAACUGCAAUGGAAGAUUCAACCCAAAAAACAAGAGAAUGAGGAGAACAGUGAAACUUAGACUUGGUGUGCUUUGGAUCAUUGCUCAGCUUUAUAACCCAAGUGUGCUAAAGAUUCAGGGCAGAAAUUGAUGAGCAGACAUUCUCCUGAAGGAUUUUCUAAUGUUUUAGAAAAAAAAUUAUUGUUAUUUUUUUUUUUUAUGUUAAACUAUGACAAGUUACCCGGUUACCAAAGCAGAAAAGCAGCCCCAAAGCAUUACACUACCACAACUACUUUUGUUGAUGUGAUAUUCUUUUUAUGAAAUGCUGUGUGAUUGUUUUUGGCAUAGCACAGUGAAAACCUCCAGAAAGUUUAACUUUUAUCUCAUUAGUCUAAAUGGUUCGAUAAACAGUUUUAUGUUUUUGAAACAUUAAAUACUAAAUUGACCUUUGGUUUUGUUUUUAUUUGAUAUGGUUAAAUGUCUGACUUGGUUUUGUUUGGUAAACAAUUUGGUGUUUCUGAAGAUAAAUAUUAAAUUGACUCUUAUUUUUUGUUUGUUAUCAGUCAGUAGCCAAAAAAAAUUAACUGGUAUUAACUGGUUUUAUGUUUAUUUUUAGCAUUCUCGUUCUUCUAUUUCAUUUGCCAUCAGUUGUUAUCAGUUAAUAGCUAUAGAGUUAACUGCUAAUUGGGUUUCUAUUCUGAGUUUUCUUUAAAUUGAUUUCUAAUGUCAGUUAAUAGCCAUAAAAGUAACUAGUAUUUGUUUUAUGUUUAUUUUUUUGCAUUUUUGAUCCUUCUACUGAUUUGCAAUUUGUUGUUAUCAGUUAAUAGCUAUAGAGUUAACUGCUAAUUGGGUUUCUAUUCUGAGUUUCCUUUGAGUUAAUGUCUGAUAUCAUUAAACAGCCAUGGAAUCAGCUGGUAUUUGUUCAUAUUUGUCUCUGCACUUUGAUCAUUAUAAUUGAUUUUGUUAUCAGUUGUGAUCAGUUAACAGCUAUAGAGUUAAAUGGUAAUUGGUUUUGUAUUCUGAUUCUCCCUUAAAUUGAUUUCUGACAUCAGGAAACAGCUAUAAAGUUUGGUGUCAAAGGAGUUUGCAAAGAAAA